GGCCUGUGCUGUGCCGAGCGCACAGCGUGCUUUUGCUGCCGCUUUGCGCGUCGUCAGCCCACGGGCCGCCGCACGCAUUGUCGGGCAGCCUCAAGAAGCCGCGGAGAGCAGCCAUGCGACGCGUAAACCCCAUCUAGACCAUGAAGCACUGCCUGCUCCUCGCGGCGGCGGCGUACGCCUACAACGCGUCGACGCCGCCGACGAAGAUUAUAAAAUCGAACUGCACGCUCCAGCGCUUCCCGCCGAUCUACGCGAAUCGCGUGCACUUUUUUUCCUUUGUGGCGGCGGACCUGUACCACCUGCUCGGGCAUGCGUUAAGGUACUACCGCCACCUCGGUCUAGAUCUGAAGAACCAGGGGCGAAUAUUUGUACACAACGCGAGCGGCCCGGUAGCGCUCGAGAAGACGUUGGUGUAUUUGCGGCGGUACGAGAUAACCUACCGUGUCUCGAACGAGUGGUCCAGUCAGACGAAGCGCGAGGCAGCCAACCAAUUCCUCCUGAGCCUGCCGAACGACGCCUGGCUCGUCUACCCCGAUCUGGACGAGUUCUUCGCCUUUCCCUGCGAAGUGUUGAAUAUUAUGGACCAGGGAGGGCUCCUGAGCGGCCAGAUGGUCGACCGCGUCGCAUACGAUUGGCACCUCAACAGUCUGAGGCCGCUUCCAAGAGCAGCAAAGAUGAACAAUCGCUCAUCCAUAGACUACCAGUUCCCGCGGUCGUGUCGACUCACUGGCGGUUUGCUCGAUACGAACGUUAAUAAAUACACGCUCGUGCCGGCCGUCGACGCGGCAGGAAAGAGGUUGCGGUACAUCAACGCCCACUCCGUCGCCUGUGGCACGCAACGACGUAACCUACGCCACGUCCACGCGCAGCGCGCCAACGAUUGUCAUGGGGUUACGAUCUACCGGGGACCCGCCGUCGCGCACUACGGCUUCACGAAGAUCACGAUCCCCGUCCUGGAACGGAAGCUCGCCACAUAUAAAGCUUUGGCGCGUACUUCCGGCGAACUCCGCCACCGCGACGCCGUCGAGCACUACCGGAAGCUCCGGGACUCGUUCGAGUACUGUCCUUUGACGAAGUCGUUCCAGUUCACUCGAAAAGCGCGGCGGCUCCUUCAACGAAGGCGGUACUGCGACCCGCUUCCACCCCAUCUUGAGCGGGACUACGCGCCGUCUCGAUUUUGUUUCGAGCCGACGAAGGCGCCCCGGCCGCGGCCGACGCCGCGGCCCUCUGUCAUGCGGAAGGCGAAGGCGCCUCGAGUCUUGGGGCGUCCGGACGACGACGACCCGCCCGACGACUAACGUUUUGUGUUGACUCUA